AGUUUCAGUGAGUGAAAUAUAUCAGAUUAAUCCAUCCGUUUAAGUUUUAAUUGUGCAGGAUGAGCGCACAGCAGAUGAUGAAAGUGUUCGUCACGAGACGCAUUCCUCAGGAGGGCAUGAAAAUACUCCAAAAAGCCGGCAUGUGUAAUUUGUCAGUGUGGGACUCUGAUGAGCCUGUGCCCCGGGCAGAGCUUCUGAAGGGGGUGGCAGGUGCUCAUGGGAUUCUCUGUUUACUCUCAGACAAAAUUGAUACUGAGGUCUUGGAUGCAGCUGGACCAAACUUGAAAGUGAUCAGCACUCUCUCUGUUGGAUUUGACCACCUUGCUAUAGAUGAGAUAAAGAAACGAGGGAUAAGAGUAGGCUACACUCCUGAUGUUUUGACAGAUGCUACUGCUGAGCUGACAGUGGCUCUGCUCUUGGCCACUGCCCGACGUCUUCCCGAGGGUGUAGAAGAAGUGAAAAAUGGCGGCUGGAGUACAUGGAAGCCUCUGUGGCUGUGUGGUUAUGGUCUUUCGGGCAGCACUGUUGGGGUGAUUGGAUUGGGCCGCAUAGGUUUGGCCAUUGCAAGGCGACUGAAGCCGUUUGGUGUGAAGAGACUGCUGUACACAGGCAGACAACCCAAACCUCAGGCCCAAGAGGUUGAUGGGGAAUAUGUGCCAUUAGACACUCUGUUGAGUGAGUGUGAUUUUGUGGUGGUGUCCUGUUCUUUGACUCCUGACACUCAGGGCCUUUGUGACAAAACCUUCUUUAGCAAGAUGAAGAAAACAUCAAUCUUUAUCAACACCAGCAGAGGGGCAGUUGUGAAUCAAGAGGACUUGUUUGAAGCCCUCAGCAGUGGUCAGAUUGCAGCAGCGGGGCUUGACGUCACAACCCCUGAACCUCUGCCCACUGACCACCCACUGCUGACCCUUAAAAACUGUGUGGUCCUCCCUCACAUUGGCAGCGCCACCUACUCCACGCGUGGUGUCAUGAGUGCACUCACUGCAAACAACUUGCUGGCAGGCCUGACGGGCUCUGAAAUGCCUAGUGAGCUGAAACUGUAGUGCUCUAACUUGUGCCUUAUUCAAAUAGAAAAUGUCAGUACUGUAAAAUCUAACAAUUAAAUGCACUAAAACUAUAUGUGAUUAGAAGGAAUAAUACAUGUAUUAGAAUUACCUUACUUGGAUAAUAUCCAUUAAAACUGGAACACCACAUGUAAUAUUUCACAUUUGAAGUCAUUCAACACUCAAAUGCCAUUUUACACUGCAAGUUGUUGAUUAAAGACAUUGAUUGAUGUAUGAAUUAUAUGGUGCUUAAGUAAUAAUAACAGAUUUAUUGAAACUCCUCCUGUAUUUGGCAUCUCAUGGAGAAGCACAUUUGGUUAAGUAGGUGUCACAUUUUUUAAACAUCAGGAUUUGAAUACCAGGUGAAUGCCAUACAUUGAUUUCAUGGAAAAUGUAAAUUUUUUUAUAAUGCAUGUUGAGUUCUUACCCUCUUAAUACAUUUUAAAUGAAUCUAAAUGUACCACCGGGAUUUUACUAUAAUUUAAAUGAAAGUAAAUGUUAUAAAUCUCUGCUUUGUGGUUCAAGUUUCAACAACUGUCAAUGGGAUUAACUGAUGCAAGAUUUAUUGCUUAGACCUUUGUGACCAUGACAUGACAUUCUGGUAGACAUCUCGUUUACCAUAGUUCUCAAAUGUGAUUAUACUUCAUCUGUUCUCAUCCAUUCAAUUGCAACCAGUAAAAAAAAUAAAAUAAUAAAUGACAUGAA